AUGAUCGCUGCCUACAUCCAAGCCGGUGAAAUCCAGGAAGCUAGAGCCUUAUUCGAUCGAAUGGAGCUGAAGAAUACGGCCUCCUGGAACACCCUCUUGGCAGGCUAUGCUCACAGCGGACACCUCCAAGAAGCUCUAACGCUCUUCGCGAUCAUGGACUUGGAAGCUCCGCCGGACAAAGUUACCUUUGUGACGAUGCUCGACGUUUGCGGGAACCUCAAGAACUCGGCAGCCGGGGAGGAGAUCGACGCGGCAGUGACUUCAAGUGGCCUCUGGCAAGACGUGACGGUCGGGACGCGCUCGUUUGCAUGCACGGGAGUCUACGCGCAAAACAAUCUCCUGGAUCAAGCCCGGGCUACGUUCGACGCGAUGCCGGACAAGCUCUCGCUCGUUGCCCCCUGGAACGCGAUGAUCUCGGCCUACGUCCGCUGCGGAGAGAAUUCAUCCGGAGUGAUGCUCUUCCUCCUCAUGGACCUGGAAGGCGGCCGAGCGAACGAGAUCACGCUGGUCUGCGUCUUCGAGGCUUGCACCACUCCAUCCCAGCUCGCCACCGGACGAAGAAUCCACACGGCCCUGGAACGCUCUGGCGAGAACCAGCUGCUAAACCAUCCGGCCGUGAGAACCUCGCUCGUCAACAUGUCUGGAAAGUGUGGCAAGCUUGCGGAAGCUCGGGCCAUCUUCGGCGCGGUUGCAGCGUCCCAGCGCGGAGAUCUGGUGCUCUUCUCGGCGAUGAUCGCGGCCUACGCGCAGAGCGGCCACAGCAAGGAAUCGUUGGAGCUCUUUGGCGUCAUGGCUCUCGAUGGUAUACUGCCGACGGACGUCACGUUUAUCAGCGUCUUGGCGGCGUGCAGCCACGCGGGCCUGGCCAAGGACGCGCGGUACCACUUUCGUGGCCAUGGCUGGCGACUCGAGCUUGGAUCACUAUAUCUGCAUGGUGGACGUGUUGGGGAGGUCCGGAAAGGUGGCGGAGGCGGGGUGUGA